AUGUAUCCCGCGUGGGGUGGCGAAGACUAUUGGAAUGCGGGUGGCGGCGCGCAGCAGGCGCUUCAGCAGCCUGCCAAGGCUCUCUACGACCAAGUCGGGCUCUACAACAACACCUACAUGAACAAUAUGAAAAAUAUGCUAGCCGCGCAAUGGGCCGACAAUGCAAAUCCAUUUGCCUACAACCCACUUCAACAAGCCGCCACCUCGGCCGCAUUUCCGUCUGACCGAACUGUCGCGACGCUUUCCCAGCCCGUUUUCCCGUGGAUGAAGAUGUCCGGCCUAGGAGCCAAAAAUGGUGAAUCGAAGCGCACGCGCCAGACCUACUCCCGGACACAAACCCUUGAACUUGAAAAGGAAUUCCACUUCAACAAAUAUUUGACCAGGAAGCGACGCCAAGAAAUUUCGGAAACGCUGGCCCUAACCGAACGCCAAGUGAAGAUAUGGUUCCAGAAUCGUCGUAUGAAGCAUAAAAAGGAGACGAAGGGCGAAGGUGGACUUGACAACGAUAGCGAAGGUGACGAAGAAGACGACAAGAAAAGCCCGGGCGCCAACAAAAACCACAACAUGAUGAGCCCGAAUACCGUACCUCUUUCCGCAAAUUCCAUGCCCAGCCAUGAAACCCCA